AUGGAAAGCACAAGAGUAUUUGUCUCUGGCCUUCCGCCAACAUUCUCCAAUGAUCAACUUAGGAAGCACUUUGCUAGUCGCUUCCAAGUUACCGACGCUCAUGUAUUACCCAAACGCAGGAUUGGCUUUGUGGGCUUGAAGACCCCCGAGGCGGCCCAGGAAGCUGCUAAAUACUUCAACAAGACAUAUGUCAAGAUGUCCAAGAUCUCUGUAGAUAUUGCUAAACCGAUCGACUCCGAGCCUACCAGUGCUGCUCAAAAGUUUAAAAAGGCUGAUAAGCCUGACUCGACUGCAGAGAAUACACUCAAACGUAAGCGUGAUGGGGAGCCCACCCAGCAGGACCCUAAGCUGCAAGAGUAUCUUUCCCUCAUGCAGCACUCAUCACACACAAAGACAUGGGCCAAUGAUGAUGCCGUGAUCAACCCUGUUGCCAAUGACUCACCUGCCAAGGACCCGCCCGUUGAAGCAAAUGAAGUUUCUCAAGAACUUACUUAUGCUCAAAGGAAGAAGGCAAAGCUCGGGGAGACGUCUGAAGAAGAUGCUCAUGUGUCACGGCAUGACGAGCCUGAGCCUAUGGUUGUUGAUGCAAGUAAGGAAGAAGAUACUACUGAGCAAGCGGUGGACCAAGAGCAGCCCGCGGUUCAGGAAGAUGAGCAACAACCGGUAUCUGACGCUGACUGGCUUCGGUCUAAGACAAGCCGUCUUCUCGGUCUCCUAGACGAAGAGGAGCAAGCAGAGUUUGACUCCACAGCGCAAAGGCCAACUGAUUCAACGGAGCCAGCAGGUGAUGUUGAAGUCGACAAUGAAGACGCAGAGGCUGAUGCUUCUCCGGCCGCGGCUAAUACUGCGGAGCCCACAAAAGCACCGGAAGUUGAUACAAACAUUGAAAAUAUUCGCAUUUCCGCGCGCUUAUUUGUGAGAAACUUAUCUUACGAUACAAAGGAGUCCGAUCUCGAACCGGUAUUCGCUCCCUUUGGCAGGAUUGAAGAGAUUCAUGUUGCCUUUGAUACUCGGUUCAGCUCCAGUAAAGGAUUUGCUUACGUUCAGUAUGUUGAAUCCGACGCCGCUGUAGAGGCCUACAAAGCCCUCGACGGAAAACACUUCCAAGGUCGUUUAUUGCACAUCCUGCCAGCUGCUGCAAAGAAGACGUAUAAGAUCGACGACUAUGAGUUGUCCAAGUUGCCUUUGAAGAAACAGAAACAGAUUAAGCGAAAGCUAGACUCUACUUCUUCAACCUUCAGUUGGAACUCGCUUUAUAUGAACGCCGAUGCAGUUAUGUCGUCAAUGGCCGAGAGACUUGGUAUAUCCAAAGCAGAUCUCUUGGAUCCUACUUCGUCUGAUGCCGCAGUGAAACAAGCCCAUGCUGAAACGCACGUUAUUCAAGAAACGAAGGCUUACUUCACUGCAAAUGGUGUCAACAUUGAUGCUUUUAAAGAACGAGAGCGUGGAAACACUGCUAUCUUAGUAAAGAACUUUUCUUAUGGCGUCAAGACUGACGAGCUUAGGAAGCUGUUCGAGCCGUAUGGCCAACUCACAAGACUACUGAUGCCUCCCAGUGGCACAAUAGCGAUUGUUGAGUUUGCAAGACCAGAUGAGGCUCAAAAGGCAUUCAAGGGUCUGGCGUACCGGAAGCUGGGAGAUUCUAUCCUCUUCCUAGAAAAAGCCCCCAAGAACCUCUUCGAUGCAUCUGUUGUCCCACAGAAACCAACUGUGGAAACCAAGGCCAUCUCCCAAGGUUUCUCGACUGCUGACACGUUCGCGGCAGAUGAGCCUGAACAGGCUAUUGCUACCGCAACUCUCUUCGUAAAGAAUCUCAACUUUGACACAACGAAUACACGUUUCGUUGAAGUCUUCCAGCCGUUGGAUGGGUUCGUGUCGGCGAGGAUCAAGACCAAGCCCGAUCCCAAACGACCUGGUCAGACGCUCAGUAUGGGCUUUGGCUUUGUUGACUUUAGGACCAAAGAUCAAGCUCAAGCCGCUCUUGCUGCAAUGAAUGGAUACAAGCUCGAUCAGCAUGCACUGGUAGUUAGGUCAUCGCAUAAAGGUAUGGACGCCGCUGAAGAAAGACGACGUGAUGAUACUGCGAAGAAAAUCGCAGCUAGGAGGACGAAGAUUAUCAUUAAGAACUUGCCAUUCCAAGCGACCAAGAAGGAUGUCAGAUCACUCUUUGGAGCCUACGGCCAGCUUCGCUCUGUGCGUGUUCCUAAGAAAUUUGACCGCUCGACUCGUGGUUUCGGUUUUGCAGACUUCGUAAGCGCUCGCGAAGCGGAAAAUGCCAUGGACGCAUUGAAGAACACCCAUCUGUUGGGCAGAAAACUGGUAUUGGAAUUUGCAAACGAGGAGGCCAUCGAUGCGGAGCAAGAGAUCCAGCAGAUCGAAAAGAAAGUAGGGGAGCAGUUGGACCGGAUCAAACUACAGAAGCUCACGGGUGCUGGACGGAAAAAAUUUACUGUAGGGGCCCAGGACGAGGAAAACUAA